AUGUCAGAACGAUAUCAGGCCAUCAUCGGAAAGCACUUUACUCCCGUGAACUGCUCGCUCGCCAGCCGGGACCCUGUCGAGCUCGCCAACUUUGCGGCAGACGUCUUGUAUCCUUCGGGGAGGUUGUCCGAGGCUCUCUUCUGCUUGGACGCUGCUGCCCUCUUGCUCAAGAGUCUUCAGCCCGCCGCCGCUCCGUCCCUGGCAGCCAUCAGCAAGAACCUGGACACCAUGGUUCAAGUGCUGCGGCCGGGCGAGCGGAACCGAGUCUAUCACAACGUGGGGAAGAAGGGAGCAACCUUUCCGGACCACAUGAGCAGAGAGCAUGUAGCUGGGACUGAGGAUCAAACGAUUCAGGUGUGGGAUGGAGCUUUGAGCAGCCAUCAGUGCGAGAAGAUCAUCGAGAUGUUUGAGAGAUCGGAUCAUUACGAGGGGAACCUGAUCAGCGAGGGAAAGAUCAUCGUAGACCACAAGGUCAAGAAAGCGAGCGAGUACGAGGUAUCAGAAGGGGCCCGCAAGAGUUCGGAGUGGGCGGAGAUAGAGCAGAUGCUGCUGUCAGUCUUUGUCAACCACACCAUCUUGUACGAAGAGAAGAAUCCUAUCCUCCGGCAACUCAAGAAUCCCUUCGGCGAUGAAGGGUUCCGCAUGAAGAGGUAUUUGGAUGACGGGACUGAGCACCACGCGUACCAUGCGGACUCAGGGCAGGAGGCUCCCUGUGCGCCUCGUCGGGUGGUGGCUUUUCUGGUCUACUUCAACGGGGUGGAAGGAGGAGAGACGGUCUUCCUGCAGCAGGGGAGGAUCGUCAGCCCCAAGUGCGGGCGGGUACAUGCUGGGAGACCGCCAACCAAGGGAUGGAAGUACAACGCCAUCAACUUUCUGACCAUACAAUGA